AUGCCGAGCAAACAUUACGGUGUGUUGAGUUGCGACGGAUGCCGGGGUUUCUUUAAGCGGUCGGUUCGCCGUAACCUAAUCUACUCGUGCAAAGAGAGUGGUCUGUGUUUUAUCGAUGUCUCGACCAGAAACCAGUGUCAAUACUGUCGCUUUCAGAAAUGCAUUUCAGAAAAUAAAAUUCCUCCCAAACUAUGCUUAAGAAGUAGUCAUUCAAACACCACUCAAACCAUAAGCAACAAACCGGUGAAUCCAGUGGUGGCCGACUCGACCACAUCAUCGCCACUCUGUUUGGGCGCACACUUUAUUCCCACAACUCUAUCGAUGUCUCACUCGUCGACAGCACUUCCGGCAAUUCAGUGGAAUAGCUCUUCAGUCUAUUCUCCCAAUUAUUUUACCAUCACUUCCAACACAUUCACGCAAAUCACGCGAAUUAUAUUCAGCACAGUUCAUUGGGCGCUAAGUAUACCAGCAUUUCAAGGACUCGAUAGGAAUGAUCAGAAAUUGCUUUUAGAGGAGACGUUAAACGAGAUGCUAAUCCUGACAAUAAUGCAACAAACAAUCAGUUUAAACACUGAGAGCACUAACUAUACAGUUAUGGUUUUGAACAACUAUUUCACUCAUAGCAUAGAACAGAGAAAGCUUUCGGAUAUUAUUGAAUACGUGAAAAGUCUUCACAUCAACCAAAUUGAGUUCACAUGUCUUAAAGUGCUUCUUCUGUUCAGACCCGGCAAAUCAAUGCAAGACGAGGCACAGAUCCUUCUCUACGAACAAAUACAACACACUAUAGACAACACAACUCCCACUUCAUUAACACUUCGUUUCGGUCGUCUUCUCCUCCUAUUAUCAGCACUUAAGAGACUCAAUAGAACUCAUUUUCCUGCUAUUCAUAACAGUUUAUUGGGUUUAGCUCUCAAUCAGUCCACCCUUUAG